CGUGAUCUCUAGAAGGCGGGGCGGAGGGGGGAGGGAGAAGAAAGGAGUCCGGAAGAUUGGCGUGGGCUCCUCCCUCGAGCCGUGCUACGACUUCCGCUUCUGAGCCUGGAGUCCCCAUAAUGCUUUGUUACUUCCACCUCCAACCGGGACCCGUACAGACCUCCGGCGAAGAUGGCGGUCGCCGUGUUUGGGCUUCUUCGUUGGCGGCUCCGGCCCCGAGCGGGCCGGCUGCCCACCAUCCAGAGUGUCCGCCAUGGCUCCAAGGCUGUCACCCGACAUUUUCGAGUUAUGCAUUUUGAGCGGCAGAAGCUAAUGGCACUGACCCAGUAUAUCCCCCCCAAACCUGCCAUUCCCCCACGUUGCUUGCCUUCCCCUUCCAAAGCAUCCCAACAGGAAUCGGGCUUGAAUCGACUGCUCCUGAGGGAGGUGACAGAAAUUUUCAGGAAAAACCGAAUGAUUGCUGUUUGUCAGAAUGUGGCCCUGAGUGCUGAGGACAAACUCCUUGUCAAGCACCAGCUUCGAAAACACAACAUCUUUGUGAAAGUCUACCCCAAUUCAAUUCUGAGGCCAUUCUUGGCAGAAUCCAAAUAUCAAAACCUGCUACCCCUCUUUUUUGGACAUAACAUGCUGCUGGUGAGCUCAGAACCCAAGGCCAAGGAGAUGCUUCGAGUCUUGAAGAGUGUGCCUAUCCUACCACUACUUGGUGGCUGCAUUGAUGACACCAUCCUCAGCUCUCAAGGUUUCCUGAACUAUUCCAAACUGCCCUCCCAGGCUUUGAUCCAAGGGGAGUUGGUAGGGGGCCUGACCCUUCUGACAUCUCAGACCCACUCCCUUCUACAGCGCCAGCCCCUUCAGCUGACUGCCAUGUUGGAUCAGUAUAUCAGACAGCAGCAAAAAGAUGGUGAUAGCACAGUGCCCAGCAGUGGAGAGCCAGCUUCCUCAGACCCUGUAACAGACACUUAGCUGGGCACAUCUUACCUGCUCUAUAAAUAUUCUUUGACCCAAAAGAGCCUUUGAUGUUUUUGUCAUCUUGUUCAGUUGUGUCCUACUCUUGUGACCCCAUGGACCUAUCCAUGGAGUUUUUUGGGCAGAUACUGGAAGGGUUUGCUAUUUCCUUUUCCAGUGGAUCCUUUCAUCAGGCAAUCAGAGGUUAAGUGACUUGUCCAGGGUCCCUCAGCUAGGAACUAUCUGAGACUGGAUUUGAACUCGGGUCUUCCUGACUCCAGGACUAACACUCUAACUACUAAGCCACCUACCUGCCUCUGUCCUCUGUACAGGAUAGGCCAGAAUUUGGAGUUGGAAAUGAAAAUGAAGCAGAGAAGGAGAGGAGCUCCUUGACCCUUGGUUCAAAGCAAAGCUGGGAAACCAGAGGCCUGGUUGCUGCCACCUGUCUUCCUAAUUUGAAACUAAUAAUAUCUCUUAGAUAAUUAUGAAUCACUUUACUCACAACAUCCCUGUGAGAAUAUACCUAUUGGUAAUGUAGGUAUUGUCUCGCAUUCACAAGGGAGGAAUUGGGCUCAGUGAGAUUAAGUGAUUACAUAAGACCCACACUGCUAGUAAUUAUCAGAGCUCAAACCCAGGGCCUCCUAAUAACACACAUUUCACUGGGCCCAGUCACCUUGCUUCCUUGAUCCAUCAGAAACCUGAUCUAGGUAGAGGAAGAGAGGCAUCAUGGGCAUUCAAGAGUAAUUUGCUCCUUCCACCAUUGCUAGAUGAAGUAUCUCCCUUUUCUACAAUAGCUGAACUGGAAAGGAAAGAGGAUGAGAAAGGAAGAAGGGACUGGGGGAUGGAGGGGUGAAGCUAAGGAGGAAUAUUGAACUCAUCCUCUGGGUAUGGAGUGCCUAGUCCCCUUAGAGCACUGAGGGUAAGAAGGAAACUUAGUUCUCUGCCUUUGGAGAAUCUAGUGGCACCAGACUUCCUAUCUUGCUAGAAGCUCCUGAUCUAAGGAGCAGAAGAGAGCAGCUCCAAAUAGAAAUCAUUAUGGUAAUCCUUGGUCUAGGUAGAAUGGGAAUGGGAGAGGAGAGCAGGGGCAAACAAAGCAGCACUUGAUUCUAGGCCCAAAGCAAUGCCCAGUUUCCCUUAGCAGUGGAUGAAUGGCCCUAUCAGUUAGGUUCUGUAGCUGCCAGCUUCCCUCAGUGCCCAAUGAAGGACCUUGCAUUGCUGACCACACAGUCAGUGUGAGAGUAGAUUUAAUAUGGCUCCAGGCCUCUCAUACCAGGAAAGUUGUCAAUCCCUCUGUCUGGAAAUGGCAUAUUAAAUUCUUGUGGUCCCCCAAGAGUUGAGUGUCCUAUUCUCAGACCCAUUUUCUUCCAUGGUGAGACAGCAGUUGCUCAGGGUGUCAGUCGGCACUGUUACUCAUCUCUGCCUCCUCAAUCUCCAAACAUCUGAGAAGGCUAAUCUCCAGGGCAGGAGUUCUCGUUCUUUUUUUGUGUCACGGACCCCUCUGGCAGUCUGGUGAAGUUUGUGGGCCCCUUCUUAGAAUGUUUAUAAAUACAUAAAAUAAUAUGCAAAGAAUUAACAAAUGAAAACAAUUAUGUAGAAAUACAAUUAUAAAAAUUUUUGUUUUUUAAAUUCAUGGUCUAUUGUCAGAGGGGUAGAUUGAGGGUACCUAACCUGUGUUAUUUUGCAGGUUUGAGACCCCAUCCCCACUCCCCCACCAAAACAGUGCAGACCUUCUGAAGGGCACCUCCAUUUCCACCCCAGAAAGGCCUCUGUUUUAGCUCAAGAUUGAAAUACAAAUUUGGAUGGUGACUCUUUGGAAUGUUGGCUACCAGUGAAUUUCACCUUUUUUUAAAACUAAAAAAAAAUUUUUUUUAACCCUUACCUUCUCUAUUAGUGUCAAUUCUAAGACAGAAGAUUGGUAAAGGCUAGACAAUAACAGUUAAAUGACUUCCCUAGGUCAGCUAGAAGUGUCAUGAGGUCAGAUUUGAACCCAGGUCCUCUCAACCUCAUACCUUUGAUCCUAUCCACUGUGCUACCUAGCUGCCCCUGAAUUCUAUCUUAAUAAAUAAAAUCUUUUCUAAAAAAUUAGUGAUGCAUGUAAAACCCAGUGGAAUUGCUCAUUGGCUACGGAAGGGGAGUGGGAGGAGGGGAAAGAAAGAACAUGAAUCAUGUAACCAUGGAAAAAUAUUCAAAAUUAAUUAAAUAAAAAUUUUCAAAUAAAUUAGUGAUGUACAGAAA